AUUUUUUUUCGGACAAACCUGUCCAAGAGAUGAAAGGUGAAAUACGAGGCCGAACAACGCUCCUCACCGCCCUGCUUUCCUCUCUAUUUUAGUUUCCCGCAAAACAUGUCAGACAUUACUGAGACAGGACCACAGCCCAGCUGACGUUUGCGGGAGAGGAGGAGUCCUUCGGACAGCAUCACUUUGAGAAAUGUUCAAGCAAGUCCCCGAGGUACCACAGACACUUUGUUCACUCUCACCAUGUUGGUCAGAACAGUCCGAGCUGAUACAAGAAGUUUAGUGGAUGGCCGGGUCGCGCGCCCCAGAUAUGAUACUUAAAAACCAUGAACUGUGAGCGCAAUGUUUUGAUGGAGAAGGACUUUUUAUGGAUCUCCGCGCUGUACAAGUUGCAUCCAUAGGAAAGAAGAAAACUUGAGGCGAGGAGGAGACUGACUUCGCACGGACAAAGGCGCAAAAGUAUUGAUUUAAAGGCUGAAGUAAACACUAACCGCAUGUCAUUCUGUUAAUUAGGGUUAGAAAAGGCGCAUUGAUGGGUCCAACAACUGAACAACUCGCUUGAAUUUUUCCAACUGGCUGGUGCUCCGAACUUGGCACUGCUGCGCUGCAGUAAAACCCAGCAGGGCAGCAUCUAGAAGUCAGACAUGGUAAUGACCAACAGGUCCCAUCGUAACCCCUCCAUCCUCCACGUUGAGUUCAGCCCGCUAAAUAACUUCAUGGAAGACAACGAAACGAACUCCACCGCCGGAGAGCAAAACUCUAUGGGCUGCGUACAGAUCCGCAUCCCUCAGGAGCUCUUCCUGGCACUGGGGCUCAUCAGCCUGGUGGAGAAUAUCCUGGUGGUUCUGGCCAUCAUCAAAAACCGCAACCUGCACUCACCCAUGUACUACUUCAUCUGCUGCCUGGCUGUGUCCGACAUGCUGGUCAGUGUCAGCAACGUGGUGGAAACCAUAUUCAUGCUCCUCCACGACCACGGCCUGAUGGACAUGCACCCUGGUAUGCUGCGCCACCUGGACAACGUGAUUGACGUGAUGAUCUGCAGCUCCGUGGUGUCCUCGCUCUCCUUUCUGUGCACCAUCGCUGCGGACCGCUACAUCACCAUCUUUUACGCGCUGCGUUACCACAGCAUCAUGACCACGCAGCGCGCUACCGCCAUUAUAGUGGUGGUGUGGCUGGCCAGCAUCACCUCCAGCAUCCUCUUCAUCGUGUACCACACCGACAACGCUGUGAUCGUGUGCCUUGUGACCUUCUUCUGCACCACCCUGGUGUUUAACGCCGUGCUGUACCUGCACAUGUUCCUCCUGGCGCACUUGCAUUCCCGGCGCAUCGUGGUUUUCCACAAAAGCAGGCGCCAAUCUACAAGCAUGAAGGGAGCGAUGACCCUCACCAUCCUGCUCGGGGUAUUCAUUAUAUGCUGGGGCCCCUUCUUCCUCCACCUCAUCCUCAUCCUCACCUGCCCCACUAGCCCCUUCUGCAACUGUUUCUUCCGGAACUUCAACCUUUUCCUCAUCCUUAUCAUCUGCAACUCGCUCAUCGACCCGCUCAUUUACGCCUACCGCAGCCACGAGCUGCGUAAAACUCUGCAGGAGUUGGUCCUGUGUUCUUGGUGCUUCGGUGUGUGACAUUUAGGACAGUAACAAAAGCCUCAGGUUGUCAGUACCUCUUCUUCUUGAAUGAUGUACAUUGUGUCAGAAGCUGUGGCUUGGCAGUGACAUCGUCACUCCAGUUAGAGAGACUGAACAGAUGCCUGCUGCCUUCAGAUGGCUGUAAAGAGAGUCACAAGUAAAGAAAAAGGCCUUCUGUAGUACUAAGGCGAACCAGAACACAAAUACAAUUUAUUUUAUUCUGCAAUGAAUUGACCUAGAUAGGCUACUUUGUUCAAGCAAAGGGCAGGAAAUGACAUAGGCCUAUAUGAGAAAAACAUUGUAGUGAGCCUAUAAAUAACAUGAAUCAUAUCAAAACACUGGUUACUGUCUAAAUGGUGCCAUUGUGUGUGAAUGACUCCCCCCAAAAUAAAUGUCCGGAAGACUGAAGAAAAUAAUUGAUAGGCAAAAUCACAUGAACGGUCUUGCUUGGUGGGCCGGAGGCAUGAGAGGGUUUAUGAAAGUAGUAUCAAAGUUAUAUUUGUGGAAGUGUGUGUGGUUCGCUGAAUUGUGCAAAACGGGCGGCUUCCAAAAUAUUUGGAGCCUCAUUUGAAUAUGAAACAGGCUAGACUUUUUAAUAAUGUCUAUAAAUAAUAAAUGAAUUGUCCUGAAAUGAAGAUACAACCUAUUGAUCUGUAAAAUAAGAAUCUUAUUAUUUUCCUUAUCUACUUUUUAUUAUUAUCCUAUAUCCUUUCUUUAUUGAUCCUAAGGAUAUGUUGUAAAUAGGACCUACAUUUUAGACUCUAACUCCCCUUUAGAAAAACUGAAAUAUAGCCUAUAUGUCUUAUAUGUGCCUUUGAGCAAUAAUGUGUAAAAUUGUAUCUUUCCAUACAUAGUGCUAUAGGGUAUAAGUGCGGCACAGUUGUUUCCAAAAUACGGAAAAAGACUACAGAUUCCACAGACUAUCAAGACAAGACAAAAUAAUUCAACUUUACCAGUUAGAUGAUGGCUACCAACUGUGUGAAAGGUGCAUGUUAAUAUUGACAAUGAUGUAGACUGUUUUACACUGUAGUACUUGAAUAAUGCUGCAGAUUAUCUGCUGCUGACCACUGUUACAACUGAAUUCAGUGUAAUUUUUCUAUAAAUGUUGAAUUAUGACUCAAUUUACUUUUUAUUAAAAUGUUUGUAGUAUUGUUAAUGGUAUUUGUUCUAAUACCAUAACUUAAUAUGUUCUUUUUCUUUUUGGCGUGGGAGUUGUUACAAAGGAUUGUGAAUAUACAGUAUGGUCGUCUGAUAUCUGCUAUAUAAAUCUUAAAAGAUAACUUUAAAGGUAAAUUAGAUUGUGGUACUCGGCACUUCAUGAUCUGAGGUCAACCUGAUUGAUUCAACACAUAUUAGAAAUGCUGUGGGUAUAAGAAACUGCAGAAUAAAUCACAUGUUAACUUGAAACUGAGAAAAACAGGAUGUUGUACAGUUAUCUUAUAGGAGUAUGUGUUAUGUAAUCAUUGAAAUAGUCUUGUGAUAAAUUAAUAAAAACAGCAGCCUUA